CAGAGCGGCUGGUAGAACAGGUUCUGGGCUGGGAGUUGUCUCCGAAACCCUGGGAGACCUGGAUGGAUCCAGCCCCGAGCACGGGUCCUUCUCCGAGCCCUGGCACAGCAGGCAGCGCGCAGGCAUUCGCUCUGCGUGGCACUCCUGGGCAGGGCGUCUUUUGCGCGGCGCCGCUAGUAGACAAAUUACAGCCUUGCCUCUGUCAAGGUAGAUAAGAGACCAUGUGAUGCUGCGUGGUGGUAAACGGGUUGCAGGCAGGGUAAAGGUGCACAGGGAAAUAACCUUGCAGGGAGUCCCUCCCUCCCCGAGCAGCGCAAAUCCCCGUGGAUCCGCCGGCGCCUUGGCCUGGAUGCCUGCGCAGGUUUUGGGGGCUCUCUGAGACUCGUGAAGCCGGGAUGUCUUUCAGCAGGAGGAACUGGUCCGAUCUCUCCAGCCUGGCCAAGCAGAGGACGCUUGAGGAUGAAGAAGAGCAGCAAAGGGAGCGCCGGCGAAGGCACCGGAGCCUGCUGUCCUCUUCAUCGGCGGAUGAAGAACCUCCAAGCCCAGUGAAAGACCCCAGCCCAACGCCCAGCAGGCCCCAGUCCCUGGUGAAGCCGGCGUCUCCGGAGGAAGAGGAGGAGCGCAAGCUCUCGGAGGUGCUGAAGAUGCAAGAAGGGAGACGGACAAGGUCCCCGUUGGCUGUGUCCGAGAAGCCGAAACAGGAGAAGGAGCAGCGGGAGGCAGCGGUGGGAGCGAGCUGCGAGCAGGCUGCAGCUCAGCCCCACACAGGGCAGGAGAGCGGCCGGGCCGCAGAGCGGGGUCAGGAUGCGGCCACGGGCAGAGAAGCCUCAGCAGGAGACCAGCACCCAGAGCCAGCCCACGAGAGGAAGAUGGUGGUGAGGGGACGGCUGCAGGACAAAGAGGGACAAGGCACGGGGACACCCCAAGGGGAGCAGCGGAGGGAUGAGGGGGAGCCGCAGCAGCAAGCGGCUCCGGAGCUGGGGGCCUGCCGGGUCCGCGAGGUGAAGAUCCUGACCCGAACGAGGACCCGCAGCACAGAGGAGAAGACAGCCUCGGAGGGGACCCCGUCUCCAGACCAGCAGCAUCCACCCAGGAGCCCCUUAAAGGAGGUAAUACAGCCCCCUCCCACCCAAGAUGAACCUCCAGAAAAGUCAGAUGCUUCUCGAAAUUAUGCCACUUACAGUAGCUCCAUCAGAAGAAGCAGCCCAAGGACUGUCUCCUUUCGGGUGAUCUCAAGGAAACAGAAAGAAGAAGAUGAAAGCCCUCUCACAAGGAGCGCGAGCCUGAGGAUCCCAGGUAGCAACACCACCAUCGAGGAGAAGCUGGAAAAGUACACCUCGGCUGUGCAGCGCUCGGGGUCGGUGAGAUCUUCCGUGACUGUUCAGAAGAGCCUCGUGGUGACCUCGGAGGGGGUGGCCAGCAAGCGCAACUUCUUUGAGGCCAGCGCUCCCAGCAAGGCUGAGCCGCUCGCAGCCAGGAAGGACAACCUGAAGAUCCCGGGGUCGGUGACAUCCCGCAUUAAUCUGUGGAUCAGCCGAACUCAGGAGCCUGCCAAGGAGGAAAAGAGCAAGGACAUCGGGAAAAUAAACAGCCUGCCAAAGCGUGAUGUCUGGGUAAAGCAGCCCAGAGACGCCCCUGCAGGCACCAAGGUAGACGUGGAGCUGCGCUGAAAACUGCUCUGAGCUGGGGCAGAACUGGGACCUGCUCGCCCGUGCAUCACCCCCAGCCUCAGCCCCGGCCUCACUGUUUCUCACUUUCUCUUCCAGCUGCAAUAAUAUCAUAUGCAAUAAUAUCAGAUGAUCUGGGAAAAACUGGUUUGCUCUGAAGAUCAAAGCCUGGCCCUGCCCAAUCAUCCAUGCCGGCCCUGCCCACUGCCAUGAGAGUCCCCACUGCCACGUGUGGGUGGAACGGGGUGGCCAGGGUCCUCUGCUUGUGGGCUGGGAAGGAAGAAGGCUGGAAUCCCAUCCCCGCGUCCCCAACCCUCACUCCCUGCCUCUCCAGGAAUAUCCUGGCCUGGAGGUUCCCCGCGGGUGCUGAAGGCAGGCUCUUGCCUCUCUUCCCUGCAACAUUUUGGCAUUCUGCUCCUAAUCCCUGGCUGUGCCCCAAACUGUGCUUGCUAAGGGGAACAGCCUGUGCGUGUACCUUGCAGCCAGAUCCUGCUGCGGGGUGAGAGGCUGCCGGGCCAGGGGAGUUUUGGCUGCCCACCCAUGGACCGUGCCCAUCCCUGAGUGUGGGGUGAGGUGGGGGUGCAGGCAGGUGUCAUCCUCUCCCCAAGCUGUGACUGCUGGAGGGGACCUAACCCCCUAAAACACUGUUUGCAAAGUUGCUCAUGCACCAGCCUAGCUUGAAGACCCCGUGGAGGGCAGGUGGACCUGAUAGCACUGGUGCUUCCCUCCAGCACACAGCUCAAAUGUGUCCUUCUCCACCACUCCCGUCCCCUGCAAGCAGUCACCCCUUUUGCUGAGUGCUAUGCGGAGGGCAGGCUGGCCACAGACCUACUUGUGGGGCUGCGUGGAGCUGGGAGCCCUGUCCUGGGUCCCUUCUGCUAGCCCUGUUCCCCUCUCACACUUCCCCUGGAGCCCUUUGUGAUGCAGACCCCAAAGCCACCUGGUCCCCAUGCUCCCCGGCUGCUGUGCCCACCCUGGGGGGGGCACAAGGUACUUUGGGCAGCCCAUAACAUGAUGCUCAAAUCCUGCUGGGGCUGUGCCACGGGCUGGGGCUGUGCCUUCAGCAACCACUGCGGUGUCCAAAUUCGGUGUGGGACCCUCCUGCUGCCCCUUGGUCUCAUCUUGCUUGUCGGGCUUUAGAAGGGAUUUGGUUUUCCUCUAUGACUUUUUUUUUUUUGUCUAAUAAAAGUUCUUUCUAAGAA